CAAGACGCUAAAACGCCAGAAAGCCCGCCGCAUCAUACGUAGCUGCGUCUUUGUGUAACUUGUAGUUACCUUUUAAAAGAAUGAGCAAAGGAAAGGAAUCAUCACCAGCAGAAACUGCAGGAGGUGAAGAAUUUAGUGUUGAAAAAGUUUUGGAUAGAAGAGUAGUUAAAGGAAAAGUUGAAUAUUUUCUAAAAUGGAAAGGAUAUUCUAAUGAAGAAAAUACGUGGGAGCCAGAAGAAAAUCUUGAUUGUCCAGAUCUAAUUGCACAAUUUGAAGAGCAACGCAAGAAAAAAGAAGCAGCUGUAGCUGGUAAACGACACGAAGAUAAAGAACAAAAGAAACGAAAAAGUUCAGGUGGACCGUUACCUACAAGUACUAAGAAAAAAAUGACAGAAGAAAAGAAACCCGAAGGUUUUGACAGAAAUUUGGAACCUGAACGAAUUAUUGGGGCAACAGAUUCAAGUGGAGAAUUAAUGUUUUUAAUGAAGUGGAAAGGGACAGAUGAUGCUGAUCUAGUUCCUGCUCGAAUAGCAAAUGAAAAAUGUCCACAAAUUGUAAUAAAAUUUUAUGAAGAACGAUUGACAUGGCAUAGCCCUGCUCAUGAUGAAGAAAGUUCAACAAAAGCUGAUGCAGAGUAGCGUCCAGCCUUCCGAUUCAUGUACGCAGCACGCUUCAUAUCCGUGAAAAUGUUUUAACAAUUUUUU